GCUGGCGCCAAAACAACCGGAAAUAACACCGAAGAAGAAGAAGAAGAAGAAAGAGAAGAAAAUGGCGUCGCGCUGGUUGAGGUAAACAAAGACAGCUGGAAACAAGAAAAGAAGAAAAGAGGACGAAGAAGAAGAAGAGUGACGUCAGGAUCCAGAUUCACCUCCAACCAGCUGCAACUCCUCCUGCUCCACCUGAUCCGGUCCGGUCCGGUCUGGUCUAAGGUGUGAUGGCGGGUCGAGGUCGUGGGCGGGGCCGGCGGAUGAUGACCUUCAGUGUGGAGGCGGUCGGCAUCAACAGAGGAGACAGUUUGCCUCCAUCCAUCCAACAACCUACACCUCUGUUUCCUGUGAUGGAGCAGAAGCCCCUCCCCUUGGCAGGUGGGGAGGAGGCGGAGUACCUGUUGGCUCUCAAACAGGAGUUCAGAGGAGCGAUGAAGACUCUGCCCUGCUUCAUCCAACCAGCUGCUGCUCACAGAGACGUGGAGCGGUACUCUGACAAAUAUCACAGCAGCGAGCAGACGGACGGGCCGACAGACUGGACUCCAGACUGGAAGAGAGUCCCGAAGGAGCUCAGAGUCCACGUCCGGAAACCUGGCAGACAGGGUGUUUCCGUCAGUCAGGUUCAGGCUCAGAAGAAGAAAAGAGUCAAAGAGAAACAGGAAGUGCUGCUCAAACUGGAGAGUCUGGAGAAGAAGGAGGAGCGGGGGAGCUCAGGGGAGGAGGAGGAGGGAGAGGAGAAGAAGAAACAGGAAGAAGAGGAGGCCGAGGGAGAGGAGGAGUACGACGAGGAGGAGUUCGAGGAGGAGACGGACUACGUCAUGUCGUACUUCGAUAACGGAGAAGAGUUCGGAGGUGACAGCGACGACAACAUGGACGAGGCCAUUUACUGAAACACCAGCACAGACGACACGUCACUUUUUACAGCGUGUCAUGUUUUUAUAGUGUACGAUCAGCUGAUCUGUGUCAGUCUGCAGAGAAACCGUCCAACAGCUCAAACUCUUUUCUAAACAGACUGAAGGAACCUGAAGGUCCAAACCGUCACACAUCUCAUUUUAAAGCACCUGAACAGGUUCACAUCAGAACAAGAUGGAAUCAGUCUUCCAACAGGAAGACGACGUCUGAUGGAACGAUCUCCUGUCACCGGUCUGACAGUCAGCACCAAUCAGUCCAACAGACUGUAGUCAAACACAUGAUCACUCAGAUGAUUGAUCAUCAGGAGCAGCCGACGAUUGAACCAGCAACUGUUCAGGUGUGAAAUGAGGCGUUCACUGUCACGCUGCAGCUUUGUUUUUAUAUCACUAUUCUAAUGUUUUAAUGAGGUUUUAAUGUUUUACCACUUUUGUAUCAGUGUUUUAUCAUCGUGCUGUAGAAAAAAGUAAACGUGUCGAAGUGUUCAGAAUAAAGACAAACUGACCUUUGA